AUGGGUUACCCGAACGAUUUCUUUUUGGACGACGAAGAAGCUCGCCGAUCCUGCGAGUCGGCUCAGCCUCCACUUUACGUCACCCCUCGCACCGGCAAUGACUCGGAUGAGCUUAUCAUCAUGUCCGAGUCACCCUCGGGCCUAUUACGGUCCUCGGUCCGAUCGAGGCGGCAUCAGACCUUCCUCGCAUGGUACCAGCGCGUACUCCAGGCCUUUUAUCUCAUUGCCAUGACCUUCGUCGUCGCCGACCUCUGUAGGACCGACCUGGCUAGACUCGAACGGUGGAACUUUGAGCCAUUGCCCGCGAAUGCGCACGCCCGAGCACUCAAGUUGCUCUCGAAGAGCCCCAUCAUCGAUGGCCACAUCGACUUGCCUAUCCUCAUGAGGGAGUACUACCGUAACCAGUUCCAAGACGUCGAUAUGACGAAGGAGGGAGGUAUCAAGGGCCAUGUGGAUCUACCUAGGCUGAGGAAAGGCAAGGUCGGCGGAUUGUGAGUCCUUCAGAGGUCAGGCGGUCGGUACUACUAGGAGCAGGCCGUUUCGCAGCUAGUUCUGAUGGGUGGAAGGAUUGUAUGUCAUAGUUUCUGGUCGACGUAUGUCGGAUGUCCGGUGAGUUCAACGCGUUCCUGUCCAUAUGUGUGAAGACUGAGCUGAUUGAUCAAAUUUCGCGGUCAUGCCCCGGCCGAACAGGAGGAUGCGGGAUACCCGAUCGACAAUCAUGGCAACUUUACAAUCCCUACGUUCCGGGUCAGGGACACACUGGAACAGAUUGACGUCGCCAAGUUGCUGAUCAACAAGUACUCGGAUGUGAGUUCACAAGCCCUCAAGAUGCACAAUUCUUUGCUCGAUUCACUCAAUCGAUUGCUUUCCCCCAUUCUCAAGGAUUUCGAGUUGACGUUAACGUCCAAAGCCUGGAGGAAAGCGAUGAAGAAGGGCCGCAUCGGUGGGAUGUUGGGGGUUGAGGGAGGGCAUCAACUCGGCUCGAGCCUGUCCUCCCUCCGAGCUUUCUACGAGCUCGGAGCUCGGUACGUGACGCUCACGCAUACGUGUCACAAUGCGCUCGCCGACUCGUGCGGGAUGCAAGGCACGCCGAUCGAACCUCGCUGGAAUGGAAUCUCGGAGUUCGGAAAGAAGGCGAUUCGAGAGAUGAACCGAUUGGGCAUGAUGGUUGAUCUAAGCCAUACGAGUCCUGCCACGGCGAGUCAAGCGUUGAGCUUGAGUCAAAGUCCCGUCAUCUUCUCGUGAGUGAAACCAGGUUCUCGCACCCGUCGGCGAUCUGAUUUGGCCAGUUUAUGAUUUCGCAGUCACUCGAACGCCCGAGGCGUUCACUCCGUCGUACGCAACGUACCCGACACGAUUCUGCGCCGAAUCGGCAAACUAUCGUUCCCGAAUCGGCGAUUCGACCUCACCCAGGAUGGGGAAGGUGGACAAGGGUGGGGCAACGAUACGAACGAGGUCGACUUGCCCAUCCCAGGUGGGGACGUGUUGAUCAUGCUCAACUUCUCACCGGCGUUCAUCAGUGAGACUAGCGACGGAAAGGGUCCGAGGGCCAGCAUCAAGCUCUUGGCGGGUGAGUCGGGCAGGGCUGUUCCCGUAGUUGGUCGCUCAAAAGCUUUCCUGGUUGCUGAAGUGAUCUUUGAUGCCUACUUUGCUAGACCACGCGGACUACAUUGGUCGACUGGCAGGUCGUUCGCACGUCGGGAUCGGCUCCGACUUUGACGGCAUCAUCUCGGUACCGAUCGAUUUGCCCGACGUCUCGUACUAUCCAGACCUCCUUGCCGAAUUGAUCGAGCGCGGUUGGUCGGACAACGAGAUCCGAGGUCUGGCGAGUGAGAACCUAUUGAGGGUACUGGAAGGGGUCGAACGCGUCAAGCAUCAGAUGAGACACAUGCAGCCGGAAAAUGCCAUCUUUGAGGGUCGUAACGAUCUGCGCGGUACCGGUAGAAGGUCCUGA